GUCCUUUGUCCUCUAUCCACUAUCUUCCACAACGUCAAGGAAUCCCCAGAGUUGUUGACCACUGACCAGGUAUUGAAUAAGAUGGCCAUUAUCUUAAUACCGUCUUAUCAAAGCAAAUCCAUGACCAACACGUGCAAUGUCCCGCUCACUAGACAAAGAUCUUCUAGCUCACUUGAAGGCCGACGAUCCAAAUAGAGUAUACAAGGAUAUCUCCAUGAUACUUGCAGACUUGCCAGACGACGAACUACUGGAGAUUGAAUUUCUUGGAAAAAGUCAUCCUCUAGAGUCAGGAGUCAACUACCUGAGAGAUGGUGCGGCCAUAGCAAUUCCUAAGCUAAGGCUUGCUCAGGCAUUCUUCGUUGCCCGUCAAAUACUGCAAAAUUAUCAAGAUGGCAGCCCUAGGGAGGAUAGCGAGGUUCUCGCCGCGGCAGCUGUAGUGCUUCUCAUGGACUCUGAACACUUGACAGCUGCGAACAUAAGGAAGAGACUGCUCAUGUCAGCAAUAAAAACGAAUAGGCCAGAUAAAUUGUUAAGACGAGAAAAGCAAUUUAUCGAUAGUCUUGUCACGUCAAGAUUGCAUCGGCAUACCAAAUCUCCUACUCUCUGGUCGCAUCGUCGUUGGCUACUUCACUUAUUCGCGACUCAUAAUGUCCCCAUAGACUUAAAACACGAUAUCAAGAACGUUGUCGUAGUAGCAGGAAUUCGGCAUCCCCGCAACUAUACUGCCUGGAAUCAUGCCCGGUUCUUGUUAGAUCGUUGUCCAGGACUCGCUGAUACUCUCAUUGUUGAUGUCAAGGAGUUCUGUUUGAAGAACCAUGCCGAUAUAUCUGGCUGGAGCUUCCUCAUCUAUGUUAUAGGCAGACUUGAAGACGGAGAAACCCGUCACGAGGUCUGCUCCUCGAUUCUCGCAGAAGUCCUCAGCAUCGCAGAUUCAUUACGAUGGACAAACAUUUCCGUCUGGGUAUUUUUGCGCAGCGUAGCGGCAUCAGAGCUUAUUAAUGAUCAGCAAUUUGCGUCAUUUUUGACCGUGAAUAAGAAACUUGUUUCCAUAACGCCAAAAGACAGCGAUCAGUGGGGAAUUCUGGAUAGCGCACGACAGUGGUGCGAAAAUCGUCGUCUUCUUACGGUCUCCAAUGUGGCGGGGUGAGAGGAACUUGCCCUAGCUAGAACUUCCAACAGCGAAAUAUUAACGCCUGAUUGGCGUUGUUGGUAUACCGUAUGGUUGGCCUCUUACAAUUAGGUGAUGAAUAGCCUAAGAAUAGACGAUCAAGAGGCUGAAACAGAAUACGCACGCUUUAUAUGUCAUCUGCUUCCUUUUUACCCCUAUUUUGGCGCCACCUUCUCCUAUUAGACUUGUUGGAUCGCAGUCCGGUGCUGGUUGAGGCUCAGCGGUUGGCAGUUGUACAUAACUAUCCGGGUACCGGCUGAGAAAGGCAUUAUACGGCUCGGCAAUAGGCGCGCAAGUGACACUGACAGGCUCAUAUGCCGUGUUAAACUAACGCAGGGGUUCGGCUUUACCGUCUAGCGGACACUGUCGGACAGUGCAA